AGUCUUCACCCCUACACACUGUCGCCACAAGAAAAUCCUGCACAGUAUCUUGCUCGAGUGAAUUACCGAAGUACCCCUAACGAAUAUUAAACGGGCCGGGCCUUUCAGCGACGACUACGAUCUUCUGCUCAAAAUCCCAUUACUUUUCUAGCAUCUCCUUCAACCUCUCUCUAGAACGUGGUACUCGUUUACUUCCUCUCUCUCUAACUGUAUAUAUUCAAUACUGUAUGUAUAUGCAAAAAAGAAUUGAGUUCUGGAAGUUUCUGUAGAUCUUGAUGGAUAGACGAAAGAGUUCUACGGCGACGGUGGAGCCGCCGAUGAAGGCUAAUGAAGCUAGCUCGUCUUCGGAUAGUCAGGAGUUGAAGUCUAGUAACGUUGAUGAUGGUGGUGGUGGUGAUCCUGCUCCAAUUUCUAAUUUAGGCAGUAAGCUUUCAGGGAGUGGAGGAGGGAGUUUUUCCAGAGUGAAUACAACGCCUCCCGCAAUCAUGCGUUUUGAUAUAUUAGAACCAGUUCCAAGUGAAGUGAAGUUGGAACGAUCAAGAACUGAUAAGCAGAGACAUAAUGUUGUAUUGGCCGAAGACGCUGCACAAAUUUAUGAUGAAAAAAUCACUGUCCAGCAGAAGCUCAAAUUGUUGAAGAGAAUUGCUACUGUCAAGCAUGAUGGUACUGUAGAAUUUGAAGUUCCGGGAGAUGUUGGACCUCAAACGGUUGGAAUUGGUCAAGAUAAUGUAUAUAGUGAACUUGAUGAUGAACCUCUUGAUGCAACAGAGCUUCAAUAUAUUCCUCCAAUGCAAAUUGUAAUGCUCAUUGUUGGGACUCGUGGGGAUGUACAACCAUUUGUUGCUAUUGGCAAACGACUACAGGAUUAUGGGCAUCGUGUUAGACUGGCGACUCAUUCAAAUUUCAAAGAGUUUGUCUUGACUGCUGGGUUGGAAUUUUAUCCUCUUGGUGGUGAUCCAAAAGUUCUUGCCGAAUACAUGGUUAAAAACAAGGGGUUUUUGCCUUCAGGUCCUUCAGAAAUACCUAUACAGAGAAAUCAAAUGAAGGAAAUAAUAAAUUCUCUACUUCCAGCAUGCAAAGAGCCGGACAUUGAUUCUGGGAUUCCUUUCAAAUCUGAUGCAAUUAUUGCAAAUCCCCCAGCAUAUGGGCAUACACAUGUUGCUGAGGCAUUGAAAGUGCCAAUUCAUAUAUUUUUCACUAUGCCAUGGACGCCAACUAGUGAAUUUCCUCAUCCGUUGUCCCGUGUAAAGCAAUCUUCUGGAUAUAGACUAUCGUAUCAGAUUGUUGACUCACUGAUUUGGCUAGGAAUACGGGACAUGAUAAAUGAUGUUAGGAAAAAGAAGCUGAAGCUACGACCAGUUUCAUAUUUGAGUGGUCAGCAAGUUUCAGAGUCGGAUAUUCCACAUGGAUACAUUUGGAGUCCUCAUCUUGUCCCUAAACCAAAAGAUUGGGGAAAUAAGGUUGAUGUGGUUGGAUUUUGCUUCCUUGAUCUCGCAACAAAUUAUGAACCUCCCGAGUCACUUAAAAACUGGCUUAAUGCUGGUCCAAAGCCUAUCUAUAUUGGGUUUGGCAGUCUCCCUGUUCAAGACCCAGAGAAAAUGACACAAAUAAUUGUUCAAGCUUUAGAAAAAACUAAACAGAGGGGGAUCAUCAACAAAGGCUGGGGUGGACUUGGCAACUUGGCAGAACCAAAGGACUUCGUAUAUCUGCUGGAUAACUGCCCUCAUGAUUGGCUUUUCUUGCAAUGCUCUGCUGUGGUGCACCAUGGUGGUGCUGGAACAACAGCCGCUGGUCUUAAGGCAGCGUGCCCAACAACUAUUGUCCCAUUUUUCGGUGACCAACCAUUUUGGGGAGAAAGAGUCCAUGCUAGAGGCGUAGGUCCUCCACCAAUUCCAGUUGACCAAUUUUCGCUUCAGAAGUUGGUUGAUGCAAUUAGAUUCAUGCUGGAUCCCAAGGUCAAGGAGAAUGCAGUUGAACUUGCAAGGGCAAUGGAAAAUGAAAACGGGAUUAAUGGAGCCGUGAAAGCAUUCUUUAAGCAUCUUCCUCGCAAAAUACUUGAGCCUGAGCCAAAACUUGCAGAUUCAAGUUUUUUCUCUAUUCGUGGAUGCUUUGGCUGUUCCUAAAUUUUGAGUGAAGAGGUUGACCUCUCGUGUGCAUUCUUUAGGAUUAAUGACAGUAAAGAACAAUCAUCCUUGUAGUAUGUCCUAUCAAGACUCCAAACCUUUGUUUAUAGUGAUUGUUACUCACACAAUUACUUUUCCAAAAUUGAUACAAUUUUGGUGCAUAUUACAUGUUACCGUCACUUAUUAUACACAGAUUUCAUUUCUUUGUAACAUAAUUAUUUUUUCUGCAGUGAUGAGCUUGCGAAAUUUUUUGUUU